AUGUCUAAUCGGAAGUCUGGAUUUGAAGGAUUCGGCAUAAAUCGGCAAACUACUUACAGUUUCGAGCGAUCUCAGCCACCGCAACGCCUCUACGUCCCUCCGUCGUCUCACGGUUCCGAAGAGGCCGAUCUAGAUAACAUUGAUUAUAUAGAAAACGAAGAGGCUGAAGAAGACGCUGAGGUCGUGGGCGGCUCUGCGGGUGGCGAGGAUGAGAUCGAUCCACUAGACGCCUUUAUGGAAGGAAUUCACGAGGAUUUGAAGGCUGCUCCACCUCCCAAGCCAAUUCAGAAACUAGAGAGGUACAAGGACGAUGAAGACGAUGAUCAUCUCGAGAGCUUCCUCAAGGCGAAAAAGGAUUUGGGCCUCACACUAGCCGCCGACGCACUUAACGCAGGCUACAACUCCGACGAGGAGGUGUAUGCUGCAGCCAAGGCGGUAGAUGCUGGGAUGCUGGAGUACGAUGAAGAUGAUAAUCCGAUUGUCGUUGAUAGAAGGAAGAUCGAGCCAAUUCAAGCUCUAGAUCAUAGCUCCAUCGAUUACGAACCCAUUAACAAGGAUUUCUACGAGGAGGUCGAGUCAAUUUCUGGAAUGAGUGAACAAGAAACUUUGGAUUACCGUCACAGUUUGGGAAUUCGUGUAUCCGGUUUUGAUGUUCCUCGGCCGGUUAAGACCUUUGAGGAUUGUGGAUUUGCCUCACAGAUUAUGAGUGCUAUCAAAAAGCAAGCUUAUGAGAAACCAACAACCAUACAGUGUCAGGCUUUACCGAUUGUGCUUUCUGGUCGAGAUGUUAUCGGCAUAGCCAAAACUGGUUCAGGGAAGACGGCAGCGUUUGUGCUUCCAAUGAUUGUGCAUAUUAUGGAUCAGCCGGAGCUUCGGAAAGAAGAAGGCCCAAUCGGUGUUAUAUGUGCCCCAACAAGAGAACUAGCUCAUCAGAUAUUCUUGGAAGCGAAGAAAUUCUCAAAAGCUUAUGGCCUACGAGUCUCCGCUGUGUAUGGUGGAAUGUCUAAACAUGAACAGUUUAAGGAACUCAAGGCAGGGUGCGAGAUUGUUGUUGCUACUCCUGGAAGGUUGAUAGACAUGGUGAAGAUGAAGGCUGUGACAAUGAUGAGAGCGUCGUAUUUGGUUCUUGACGAGGCUGAUCGGAUGUUCGACCUUGGUUUCGAGCCGCAAGUAAGGUCUAUCGUUGGGCAGAUCCGUCCAGAUCGCCAGACUCUACUCUUCUCAGCCACAAUGCCUUGGAAAGUUGAGAAAUUAGCUAGGGAAAUCCUUUCGGAUCCUGUUAGAGUCACAGUUGGUGAAGUUGGGAUGGCCAAUGAGGAUAUCACACAAGUUGUCAAUGUAAUACCGUCAGAUGCUGAAAAACUUCCUUGGCUGCUUGAGAAGCUACCUGGAAUGAUUGAUGAGGGUGACGUACUAGUCUUCGCAUCUAAAAAAGCCACUGUUGAUGAGAUCGAAGCUCAGCUUACGCUGAACCGUUUUAAAGUUGCUGCGCUUCACGGUGAUAAAGACCAGGCAUCACGAAUGGAAACUUUGCAGAAGUUCAAAUCCGGAAUCUACCAUGUGCUAAUUGCCACGGAUGUUGCUGCCCGAGGUCUCGACAUCAAGUCGCUCAAGACGGUGGUUAACUACGACAUUGCAAGAGACAUGGACAUGCAUGUGCAUCGUAUUGGUAGAACAGGGCGUGCUGGUGACAAGGACGGGGUCGCCUACACGCUUGUUACGCAGAGAGAGAGUAGAUUUGCUGGUGAAUUGGUGAACAGUUUGGUUGCUGCUGGUCAGAAUGUGCCUCCAGAACUCAUGGAUCUCGCCAUGAAGGACGGACGAUUCAAGUCCAAGCGUGACGGCAGAAAAGGAGGAGGUGGGAAGAAAGGUCGAGGAAGAGGCGGAGAAGGAGGUGGAAAUAGAGGAGUACGAGGAGUUGACUUUGGUCUUGGCAUUGGAUUUAACUCGGAAACACCGUCUCAAGCUGCACCAAGUAGAAGCGGUGGUGGUGCACCAAGGGCUGUGAAUUCCGUGAGGACCGGAGUAAUGGCCCAAUUCAAGAAUAGCUUUGUGGCUGCCACGCCGUCGUCCAACUCGCAAAGCCAAGCUUAUCCGAACAAGAAACCAUCCUUAAUGGGAUUUGUCUCAGGCGGGACCAUUGGUGGAGACAUGGGUAGAACUCAGAGUCAAACUCCUCCCCCAGCACCAGCACCUGCUUCAUUACAUAACACAAGUCAAAAGAAUCCACAGAGUUCUGAAGAUCGACCAAGAGAGAGGAAAAGGAGAUCUGGUUGGGAUAAUUGA